CUCUUUCUUUUUUUUUUUUUCUUUUCUUUCAGAUAUGCCUUCAGCACUAGAAGCUGCCACAAUAGAACACUGCUUUUAUUGCUUUGACGUACUCAUAUCGCGUCUAGAAGACAAACCCAUUCCCAAAGCUCAGUGUGUCGACGCAGAAUAUCCUCUUUUCGUAACAUGGAACAUUGACACUCAUGGCGAUAUGCAUCUCAGAGGGUGUAUUGGUAAUUUCAACGCGAUGCCCUUGGGUUCUGGUCUCCAACAAUAUGCGUUGGCAAGUGCACUUCAAGACCGUCGAUUCAAUCCAAUCACACUACGCGAAGUACCACGACUUGAAUGCGGCGUGUCUCUGUUGACAAACUUUGAGGACGGCCAAGACUACCUGGACUGGGAGAUUGGCGUGCACGGUAUCUGGAUAGAGUUCACGAAUGAUCAAGGUCACAAGCGCACGGCAACGUAUUUGCCCGAGGUGAUGCCUGAACAGGGCUGGAACAAACAGGAGACGAUAGACUCGUUGCUGCGGAAGGGUGGAUACCGCGGCGCGAUUACAGAGAAAGUGUUAAAGUCGAUCAAAUUGACACGCUAUCAGUCGUCCAAGGCCAAGGCUGGGUACACUGAAUAUGUCGCGUACAAGAAGGGUGCCGAUGUGCUGUAGAUCAAAAACUUGGCCCAUACUGUGCUCUCUCUCUCUCUCUCUCUCGUCUAUCCUCUGCCUUUUACCAUGACCCAGGCACUUUAACGCCUCUUUUUACAUAAUCGUUCCAUCUCCCUCCCCGUUCGAGCAAAUAGGGUGUAUACAUUCACGUCAUCCCCAUGCUUGUGUUUUUUAAAAAAAAGGAUGACUUGUCAAAAUAGCAAAUCAUCAUUGUAAUAUUUCCACAGAGAAGGAAGCUA